CGGGCAACCAGCACACAGAUGAGAGUUUCACGCUACUUCGACGCGUAUCAAAUUCGCACAUGACGUCAAGUAGUCUGCGCUGUAAACAAGCACAAACUGAUACUGAUGUACCAUUAUUAUAUUGCCGGUGUUUCUGCAAUCGUACCGAAUGAAAUAUUGAGAACGGAGCCGAGUAAAAUCUUAAAUGCUAUGAAAGGAGCUGAUUCAAACGAACAAAAUGCAAGUCUGUACGUUCAGUACAGCACUGAGCUAAUAGAUUCAACACGUGAAGAGCCUGAACAUGUGAUAGCAUAGCAACGAGCGACAUUUGCACAGUAAUGAAGCCGGAGUAAAGAGUAAUCUAAGAUACUUUUUAAUAGAGAAUUUGUCAGUUCUAAAAUUGAAAGCAUGAGACACUGAGGUGGUGGUUAUAUUGGCUGCCGUCAUGCCCGUCUACUCGUAGUCUCUUUUGUGGUGGUCAUGGAGAAGCCCGCUAGGGAGGCAUCGAUGCCAUUAUAUCUUCAUUGACGAGAUUAUAACGAAAAGCUUUGCUUUGAUGUAGCCUUCAAUACUGUAAGACAAACUGUAAGUAAAGCCCGUCUGAAGACAAAAUAACCAAAUGGCGUUAUGAAGAGUGUAGCUACUUAAGCACGUUCGUAUUAUUGACAAAUCGAUAUAGCGGUAAACAUUUUUUGUCAGUAAAUGAGUAUGCCAUCCUAAUAGUCGCAUCGUGACACCUAUCACAGAUAACUAGAUCUUGCACUUAAUGUACCGCUGUCCUUCACAAUUACCCUCUCCAUACUAUUUCCAUAAUAAACAUACAACUCAGGAAUUUUCUAGAUCCUCCAAACGACAUCGAAACCCCUGCACAAUUUCCAUGUCGUGUAGAGCACGUCGCUCGGGAGGAGGAAAAAACCAUGAUGCCCGCAUGCCGUCCGUUCCGCAAAUGACGCUUAAGUGUCGCUCAAGUCUCGAGGUCGACUUGUCUCCACCACGACGAGCAGCAAGUUGGUCGGCAAUCAGAGUAAAUAACGGAUCCUGAUAAAUAUUGUACAAUUCCAUUGCGAGCAUGAGAGAGCAAAAGAGUCCAAACACCGCUGCAGCCGCCAGGAUCCAGCCACC